AUGGUAUUCAAAUCGUUCAAGUGCAAGUUUUACUCUAAAGGCUAUCACUCUUCGGCGCAGAAACAAACUACGGCUUUCUUCGAGAGUUCGUAUCAGUAUUUGCGCCGGAACCAGGGUGUGGUGAGCCAGGAUGGUUGUAUCCAGUCGUCACAUAGCUUGGUCGUAGGACCAAAUCCUGUGGUAGUGGCUAAUGUAAAUUAUAACAACGUCGAGCUCGUGCUGGACACGGAAGCCUCAGAGGACCAUCAAAUGGUCCAAAGCAGAUUAGACAGCGAUCUACCACGCGAAGAACAUUGGCGUGCUACGGGCUCGCGUAGAGCGAGCUUCGGGGCAGUAACGACUUCUGCAGCGGCUCCAGGAGCCCAAUCUUUGGAUCACUUUCGUUCCCGCCAACAUAAGGACUCUUUCCCACACUACCCAAACCACAGACAUUUAGAAAUUAACCAAAGACUUUCCAGAAGCUAUUUCUCAACUAGCGCUGUCGAAAGCUCUGGUAACCACGUACAGGACGGGCUUCCAUUAGUCCCUAUGACUGUGACGGAGGUUACCGCUUCACCAGAAAAACUAGAUUAUGCAGAUGGUGUGGCAAUCUUGAUGGUCGAUAAACACACUACCCAAGCAGAACCAGCGACAAAGGAAACGUCACCUACUGUCAAAGACACCACCUCAAGCUCUCAUAAUUCACCGUGGGAGGUAGACCAUGAGGAAUCGCUCAAUCCUCAAACGUUUCUAAACACUCAGAUAACACAAAUUAGGAACUGCUUUGCGCGGGGCGAUUACAAUAGCAUAAACGCCCAUUACCAGGCAUUGCACAGAAACGACAUCGUGCCACCAGUUGAAAUAUAUGCUCUGAUAAUAGAGUCCGUCUGCAGACGAAACUUAGACAAUGAUAACGUCGAUAACCGCAUGUUUCAGCUUCUCAACUGCUACCAAGCCUUGAUAAACAAUAAAAUGAAGCCUACCGAGCAAAUCUAUAAUGCUGUGAUAGGCAGUCUAUUCAAAGGAUCAAUACUUGCUCAUGAGGCAGGGAAUGGAAACGGCAUCGAUUUUUAUAAAAUUGCUGUUGAUCUUUUUAGGGCGUCUAAUGCCCACAAAUCUCACGAAUUUUCGAAGGAAUUACUAGAUUGUUCCCUCCUGGCCAUGAAUCUAUACCCAGGCUAUGUCGAAUUCGAUUACGUCAAGAACGUGUUGCAUAACUCUAAGCUGUAUUUCAAAGAUUCUUUUUAUUACGUGGCUUUAUCAACAUACGCCAAAAACAUCAAUAAUAAUGCUGCGUUAAAGAGUGUUUACGAAGAAUUCAGGACUGCUAGUGUAUCAGAUACCAAUCUUCAAAUUCAUCAAUAUGAAGUCUAUAGCUCAGUUUUGUCUGGCUUAGUGGAAACUGGUGACAUGGCCUUGGCAAUUAAAUUGCUGGACAAAGUUUUGACUGACGCUAAGGAAAAGGUUGGUCUUGCUUCUAAUGUGUCCUUGGUGCUAACGAAUUUCUUGUUAUCGGUGAGUAAAAUGGAUUGCCAAAAAGCUUAUGAGCUAUGGUACGAAUUUAAGAAGCUUUACUGGGUGCCCGAGUUCUCUUACGACUUUUAUUUGAGUUUUCUCUCCAAUGCUUUGGGAAACUGGUCACUGUCUAAAAAGUUGUACGAUUACAUGUUCCCGAUGAAGCGGUCAUUGAAAGAAAAGUCAGCGAGCUUAAACGAGCAUUUACUGCGUCCGGUUGGCACAGAGUCAAUUUUAAGCUCUUUUCUGGAUUAUGCUUUACAGCUAAAGGAUACGGAAGUUGUCAUGAAGUUACUUGAGGAAUCCGUUGUUAAAAAUGUGGGGUUUGAAGCCGGCGUAUAUCCUUAUGUUUUUCAAUUUUUGAAAAGCAUCCAUUGUCCUGAUGAUUACUUGCUAAGAUUUAUCAAUUGCCAUGGCCAGCUAUGUGCCCACAGUAAAGACAGAUUUGAAUUUCUGAACGGGCUAAUAGAUGCUUAUCAAUCUCAAGUUGUAUUGAGCAGAACCGCGGAGACCAAAUUUUUUAUGGAUUGUUGUCGUACCUUCAAUGUAUCAGAGAGUCGUUCCAUCAAUUACAGUGGCUUGAUUGCUUGCUUUCAAAGCUUAUGGGCCUCUCCUCAAACAAUUGAGAAGUAUAGCUAUAACCUCGAACUUCAUGGUACGAUGAUUUGCAAGCUUCACGAUUUAGAUGGUUACUAUGCUGUAAUGGAAAAUGAAUUUCUAUUGCAAUUCAAGGAUCAACUUACUGCGAGAUUUGAAAAAUUAAUGAUAAACUACAAGAGGUUGAGUUUAAAUCCUAAUUCUAUUAGUGGUACGUCAGUACAGGCUGCGAGAAUGAUAAGCAUGCCCGAGGAAUUGAUAGAGUACUUCUCUCAUCCAGGUGAGUGGGACAAAACUUACCCAUUGUGUUUAGGCUCCAUGCUACGAAACUCAUUUAGUACAGGUUACAAAACCUACGAGAGAUUACGCAAUGAGGGUUUUUGUUUCGAUUAUGACACUUACAAACAGCUGAUAACGCAGAGGGUCAAUGACCUCGAAACAGUAACGAAGUCAUUAGAAUUGUGUCCUGAUGAGGAGGAAAGAAGAUACUUGGCUAAUUGUUUGGUUGUCAAAACUUCUAGCAAAAAUUUGGAGGAAAAAAUAAUGAAACAUCCUUUCUUCAAAAGCAAAGUGUUGCCUUAUCUAAAGGAAGCCUCAUUCAUUCGCUUGGCGAAGAAUGUUUCUGACAUUCAGGUUCUUAUAGAGCAUGUCGAUUUUCCUUAUCGUUUUAAAGGCAUAGCAGAACAAGCAGAACAUAAAGAAACUAUUCGAUAUGUUUAUGGCGAAUUGUUCCGCAUGCAGAGAUACUCUGAGAUUGUUGAUUUGAACAGUGAGUGUCCUGUCUUGAAUGUGACGCUUCUGCUUAAAUCUUGCAUACGCUCCGGUAACGUUGCUAAAUACAAGCUUCUUUUCAAUAAGUUUAAAAGCAGCAUUGGAAAAGAAGCGUUGAACAUUCAAGCCGAGUAUUUGAUCAGUAACAAGAAGAUAGAAGAGGCUAUAAAGCUACUAAAAGCGUCACAUCAUGGAACAGAGCACAAAACAAAUGACCUGCUAUCUUUUGCCUUGUUUUUGAGGAGCUGUAAGGAACGAGUCAUUCAGCUUGACAAAGUGGAGAAUACCUUGCAGUUGGCCAAUGUUCUCUCUGCCCAAGAAACCUUCUCUUCCACUGUGGCUCUUUAUCAGACGUUGAUGCAAGAUGUGCAUGCUAAUAGAGGGUCAAACGUGAAGCAAGCAGUUUCUCGUGAGAUAUCUGAGCAAAUGCUGAACAAUUUGAACGACUCAUUGCAGUUUGUCGACAUCGAAAACGAGCAAGUUAAGAAAAUAAUGCUACUAAAGGUGGUUAAUUACUUCAGAUUUAGAAUGUUUUUGAAGCUGCCAGAGCUUAUGGAAAGUGAUGUUACAAAACUCGUGAACAUUUAUUCUAAAGUUAAUCCUUCCGCAAUCGACUCACUCUUCAAUAAUAUUGUUGAGACAAUUUAUCUGAACUCGAAAACUAGAGCUCUUUACCUGCAAAAUGAUAUGACUUUCAGGUUCAAGCCUGAACAGCUAGCGAGGCUUGUGCACUCGAUCAAGGAAUUUUAUGAAUUUGAAAACAAUCAAGAAGAUGCAGACAAGACAAAGAGCUUCAUCACCGUUUUGAAGAAGCUUUACAAAUUUUAA